UUGGGAGGUGCGGUUUGCCGGGGGGGCGGUGCUGCUCAGCGGCAAACUAAGAACAAACGUAUCCGUUGCGUCAAUAUCUUUUCAUCCUUCUUGGCGACGCGACAGAAAGCACCGCUGUCACUUUAUAUUUCACAAAAAGUAGUCAAGUGUGUUGUAGCCUUAAUGUAAAUGUUUGACGGUGGCCGUGUCGUCAGGAGGCCGACACCUGUGGGGGAACUGAGAAGUUGACGCAGCGACGAAUUUCAGGUGCAGCUUAAACCUGACACACAUGGACUUCAGGAGGAGGAGGCCCAAUGAUGCUGCCUUCUUCAGUCUACUCGGCUUUAGCACCAAAUAGGUCUUGUGCUCACACUCACGUCAGCCAGCUGAGCAGAUACCUGAGCAGCCACCACAACACACCUGAAGAGGAUGAUGAAACCAUGAGCACGGAGCAAAGAGAAGCCAUCGUUGUCCACAAGACAGACUCCGCCCCAAAUCAUGAUGACCACCGCCCUCUUCCAGAGCACGAUGAUGAUUCUCUGUUCAGCAGACAGAUGAUGCAGGAACAUAACCACAACCCUGCUCUCUCCCAGUCUGGCCUGAGCUACUGCUCCUACCAGGUGCAUAGCAGCUUCCUGCCAGGCUACAGCCAGCCCACUCCAUUCCCCAGCCAGUGUGAAGGGCACUGGCUCCACCCGAGCACAGCCAGCAGCCAAUCGGUGUAUCCCAACAGCCUGCCAUCCUCUUGGAGCCAAAACGAUUACUCCAUUUAUUCUGGAGAGAGCUGCUAUUCCGGCUACAAGUUCCUGUCCCUUCCUGGCAGACACAGCCCCAAUGAAAGCAGUUUAGAGCAGCCGCUCUCUCUGCACUCCAACCCACCUUCAGUAGGUCACCAUACCUUGCCUCCGUACUCAUGCUCACCCCAGGGAGCAGUCUGCUGUGCUCAGUGCCCCGCAGACACCUUCAACAGGGGGCCUAUGGCCCCCAAAUACCCCUGGCCUCAGUACCACCCAGGGCACAGCCCACGUGAGUGCAGACUUCCUGGAGCUGGACACACACAGAGUGGCUACAACAGUCCAGUUAAAGAGAGGCGCUCUCCUUAUGGUACACCACUGUCUCUGGAACAGAGGAGGGUCUUUGUCACUUACGAAGCUGACAACGACAAGCACGUCAAUGAGAUCAUCAACUUUGUUGCUCUGCUGCGACACAAUGGCUUUGAUACACACAUCGACAUUUUUGAGCAGCAGUUCAGGAGUAUAAGCAAGAUAGACUUCAUGGAGCGGUACCUCAGUGAGAAAGAGUACCUGAUCAUCAUCAUCAUCAGUCCUAAGUACUACGAGACAGUGACAGCCUCCCCUGUUGGUCUGGAGAACGACGAGAGGACCUUCAACACAGUCUACAUACACAAACAGCUCCAAAAUGAGUUCAUCCAGAAUGGAAGCAAGAAUUUCAGGUUCAUUCCCAUCUUGUUCCCUGGUGCUAAAAAGUGUCAUGUCCCUAACUGGCUUCAAAACACACAUGUGUAUGGCUGGCCGCGUGAUCGGGAUGACAUUCUGCGGCGGCUGAUGAGGGUUGAGAAAUAUAAACCACCUCCGAUUGGGGAGCUACCAACCAUUGUGUCCAUCCCCAUAUAGAAACAUCAGAGCUAGACUGGAAUCCAGACGCAUCUCUCUGGAAAGCUCCUGGUCCUUGCCGAGCUGAACGGGGAAGUGUGGACAGGAUUUAAAAAAAAUUUUUUGUUGUUGUUGUUGUGCGACUGGGUAGAGGUUGUAAAUUGCUGUGACGUUAAGGAUGCUGUGUGACCCAUCCUCCUGUGAUGUUGCGCAAGUGUAAUGAGUAGUUUUAAAUUCCACGUAACUCAGUGAGGUGCCAACAUUGCUUUGGAGACAUAGAGACUUUCUGCUCUCUGUACUUUACCUGUGUGCGUCACUCUGCAUGUUUUAACAUCAACCCCUCAGCGUUUCACCUGCUACGACAUCAUGAGAAAUGUUAAUUUCACAACCUGACAGGUACAAUCUUUUUCUUUAAAUCCAUAUAUCAUAGAAUUUGAACACGUAUUCUUGUAAAUGAAAGAUUUUUCACAUUUUAUUUGGACUCGUUAUUAUAUAGAGUCUAUAUGAUGAAUAGUCUGACUGUAUAUUUACCCAGUAGACCAGCAGGGGUUUCAUUUACCAGAUGUAAACAUUGACAGAUAUGGUCCCUGGUACGUGCUGCCUUAUUACAGUCUAUCUAAUGCAAACAGCUGUCAAACUGAUAGUUAGUGUUGUGUUUUGAAGAGUGACAAUAAUACAAUGCAUAAUUUAUUAAAUUUUUAUGACACUUGAUGCAUGGUAGACGUUUAGACAUUUAGAUCUUAGUUUGUAUUAAAUGAUGUAUUUGGUCUUUUUUCUGUCACAUCACAAUUAUGCUUUUUUUCUGGUCCACAUCUAGUAUUAAAUUAUGGUAAAUUGAUAUUUUUCAGUAUGUUUUGUAACUUAGUAGUUUUUACUGGUAAACAAGGUGCUGACUUAGCUUAGCUCAACUUAAAGGACCACAUAGGUUUUGCCUGUUUUAGGCCAUUAAUUACAAAACUACAGGUCACUGAUUAAGUGUAGUCUGAAUGUUGAUUUUCCACAGUGUACUGAAACUAACAAGCUCAACAAUGUGUUGGCCUGCAUCACAAACUCAUCCUCUGGGAAAUGCAUUCACUGCCUAUGAAGCUGGCCCUUAUCCUGACAGUUACCCACAGACAAGCACAGACCUGGGACUGGUUUGCCUCGAGGGCUGCGUGGGCACUUUUGUUUGGGAAUAAGAAUGUGCACGUUUCACUGUUCUUUACUAGUAACACAUGUACCGGCACUGUAAUGUUAUAGAACCACAUUCUGCUUCUCCCUGGCUUCUGGCAGCUUGUGUGGAAAAGCUCAAACAGGAUGUUGUAUCAAGAUAAGUAGCUGACACAGCUGCCUGUGUGUGGUGAGCCUUCUCAAGAAUCGCAAGUGUAGACUUCAAAUGGGUCAUCACCACCCCUUUGUGGUUACAUAAAAUCACGUGUAACAUUGUGACACACUUGAAGAAAAUGUGUGCAGAAUAUACAGAGGCUAAUCA